GUUUUUAUCAACAGGAGCUGGGUUUAGAGCACUGGCAUACAGUUUUCGCAUGGGGAAAAGUACAAUUGCGUCUAUAGUUCACGAAACAUGCCGUGUUUUAUGGGCUGAGUUAGUUCCUAUACACAUGCCGAUACCAACAGAACAACGUCUGAAAGCUAUUGCAGAAGAUUUUGAAGCAACCUGGAAUUUCCCACACUGCAUCGGAGCAAUAGAUGGGAAACAUUGUGAAAUAAAAAAACCACCUAAAUCUGGUUCGGCACAUUGGUGCUAUAAAAAAAGAAACAGUAUUGUCAUGCAAGCUGUGGCUGAUGCAAAAAGGAGAUUUGUAGCAGUGGAAGUCGGCGGUCGCGGGAAGCAAAGUGAUGGUGGUACUUUUAUAGCAUCAACGCUGUAUAAGCUUAUAGAAAAAAAUAAAUACAAAAUUCCUAGGCCAAAGAGACUCCCAAACUCUGACGUCAUUGCACCCUACGUCCUAGUGGGUGAUGAAGCAUAUCCGUUGAAGCAUUAUUUGAUGCGUCCUUAUCCGGAGCGAGUUCCACAAACUGAAAACGACUGGAUUGCUAUAGCAAAGGGUUUCGAAAAGAGAUGGAAUUUCCCUCAUUGUCUUGGCAGCCUAGAUGGAAAACAUAUCGAUAUAAUUCCUCCAGCCAACAGUGGAUCUUUUUUUUUCAAUUACAAACAUAGACACAGUUUAGUUCUACUUGCCAUAGCAGAUGCAAAUUAUAAAUUUAUUUUAUUUGAUUUCGGUACAAAUGGCAGAGUAUCAGAUGGGGGUGUCCUUCAGAAUACAGAAUUUUUUAGAAGACUUCAGGCCAAAUUAUUAAACAUUCCCGGAGAAAAAGAAGUUGCAAAUGAGUCACGAAAGCUACCGUUUGUUUUUGUCGCAGAUGAUGCUUUUCCUUUGAGGCCUGACAUGCUCAAACCAUACAGACAGAGUGAUUUAACUUGUAUUGAAAAAAAAUUACAACUACUGAUUAUCGAGAGCACGGAGAAUCGUGGAGAACGUCUUUGGGAUUAUGGCAGCACGCUUUAG